GUCACACUAACUUCUAAGAAAAAAGUAUUUUGAUUUCCCGAAAACAUGGCUAAUUCCAGCUAAUAUCGGAAAUUUGCAAAUUUAAAACACAUAUUUUCCCGUAAAACAAGACUGCGGCUGCUUUGUCAAAAUCGUGGGACAAGUGAAAAUUGACGCGUGUUAAAUGCAAACAAGAAAAUUCCAACACAGACCUUGAGUGGCUCACACACACACACACACGGGCAAACACCCCCCCUCUCACACCUGCCGUUAACACUUACACACACACACACGCUCGCGCACAUAGAUAAAGAGGAGUGCGAAAGGGAGGGAAGAGACCGAACCGUUCCCUGUUUUUUGUGUUUUUUUUUACGAACAGGAAGUGUUCGUUCGCUUUUUUUUUGCCAGGAUCUGCUGAAAUUGGCAGCUGGCGAUCAGAAUAAUGGUGAACGUACCCCCGCUACUCUGUAGCACACCGCCGCCCAUCGAUUUCGGGGAGGAGGACGACGAUUCCGGUUUGCAGUCCACAAUACAUUUGGACGAAAAUGACGAAUACUCCGAGUUUGGCUUAGUCAGCGGCGCAAAAGAACCCCUUCCUUCGCCGGAUCCCGUGACGGAAUACCGGGAAAAGCCACCGGAUGAUAUAGUGGAAAAUAAACAAACCGCCGAGGCUUUUAAUUACCAAGUGAAGCAGUCGAUCGAUUACGAUGUUUAUAGGGAAACGGCACCACCCACACCCCCACCUUUAAGUCUAGACCUUGACGAGGAAGAAGCGGAGCAGAAUGGGGAUGUGGAUCAACUGGAGGAGGACGAGGAGGAAACGAAUACCAAUGAGUCUGUGCCCUCCCUAAAGCUGGACAGUCUGAGUUUGUACUCCACGGAAAGCGUAUCAGCAGCUUCCACACUCUCACCCUUAGGGGAAAUGAAUGCGAAUGCAGUUGCUGAACCCAUUACCAAAGCCCACGUUGUCCUCAGCCAUCAAGUCACGCUGGAGGAUGUGUCUGAUGACAGCGACGAUGAGUGUUCGCCAAAGAAGCCCAAAGAAUUAUUUAUACGCGAGGGAGCCAAGGAUUUCUUUGCCAUUGAGGUGCUUGCCACUCCCACAUUACCAAAUGGAGACGGUGUCCAACAUACAGAGGAGAGUCCUAGGAACAAGUCACCAGAGGAUGAAAGCUUUAAGAGGAGGGAACCACAAGAGGAGCAGGUCCCCAGCUGCAGAGAGGAAACCACCACCAAGCAGGAGAAGCCAACUGAAAGCUCUAUUUUUCAGUUUGCAAACUUUGAAGCAGAACCAAAGAUUUUGACAGACAAAGAGAUUACUCCGGAGGAGAAGUCACACCAGGCAGAGCCUCAGGAAGCAGAUGACGACGAUUUCGAAGACUUUGGUGACUUUGCGGAUUUCUCAGCUGUUGAAACCGUGGAUAUCAAGGAAUCCCUGGCGAUAGCUACUCCUCUCAAACAAGAUUCCUCAGAGGCUAAGGCAAUUACUCUCGUAGAGCCUCCUCAGGAUGAUGGCUUUGAUGAUUUCCAAGACUUUGCCACACCCGAAGAGACGCCCGUCCAAAACCGUGACGAAGAGGAUGAUGAUGAUUUUGGUGAUUUCUCGGAGCCCACUGUGGCUGCCAUUCAAGUACCUCCACCGCCGCCACCAGCCACAAUCCACCUGAGCCUCGACGAGCGGGUUAAGCCAGUCCUGGAGAUGAUGUUUCCUCAGUCCAAGGAAGCAACCAGUACGAGUCUUGAGAAGCGUCGAGCGUUGGCUCAGUGUCAGCGCUUUAAUUUUGGUGCCAUCGAGCAUGCUCGAGCUUUGAAAUACGAGUGGGGCAGCUCGGAGAUGAGGCAUGCCCUUGUGCGAUCGCUGGGCAUUGAUUCGAGGAAUAUACUCUUUGGCGACAAGUGGAACUCAUCGAUGCCGCGUUUUGCAGCCAACUUGAGUUUUGAUCCUCUAAAACCUCUCAAGCCACUAUCGCCUGCCAAUGCCAAUGCCAGCACCUUGGAGCCCACCGCCAGCAGCAGCAGCAGCUGCCAGGAAUCACAUGUACAGACUUUACAAUUGGAACAACUAGACCAACUACUAACCGUGAUGGUGGCUAAUGCUGAUAAAAUAAAUCUUGUUACCUCUACCUCUAAACACACCAAUAACAAUAACAACAACCACAAUGAUACUACUGAUACUGAUGAUGAUGAUGAUGGUGAUAAUAAUGGUGACAACGACGUGGCUGCUACUCCGCUGGAUGAUAUGCCCUUGCCCUUGAUGGAUUUGAUGCCCCAAAACAAUCACAAUUUGUCUAACGAUUUGCACCACAACUCUCCUCCACUCACACAUAUGAAUAAUAACAAUAACAAUAAUAAUAAUAAUAACCAUCCGAAUAAUAACAAUUAUGCAAACAAUACAACAAUUAACACAAAUCUCACUGCUCACUGCGACGCCUUGCUGGAUUUUAGACUGGAAACAGGCGCCGGGGCCCAAGCGAGCCAAACUGAAACGCGGCCUAGCCAGGCUUAUGGGGAAGGGAUCUCCGGCAGCACCCCCUCCAACGACGAAGAGCGACCCCAACCCCAGGGCGAACCCAAGCCAGAAUCCCAGUGCCAGUCCAGCCACCAUCAUAUUGAAUCCCCAGCAGCGGCAUCAGCAGCAGCUGUUGCUCCAACAGCAGCGACGCUACCGCCUGCUCUACCAGCAGACAGCCCUGCCCACCAGCUCAACGGCGGUGAGCAGCUGCAUCAGCAGCAGCAGCACUCGGAGCCGGAGCAGUUUGAUUUGAGGGCUAGUCCUCCACCCACCCAGCCGCUACCGCCGGUGCCAGUACAGGAGGAGAUCAUGGGCAGCAGCUCCUCCUCCUCCAUUGCCAGUUUUGCAAUGCCGCUGAAGGAGACCCAUAUCUAUACACCCUCCAAAUCGGAUACGGCGGUGGCCAAGACCACCACGCUGGCGCCCAUUGAUUUCGACUAUGAAAUGGCGGCCACUGGCAUUAUCAUUGAUGAGACUGUGGUGAAGAAGGAGUACCGCGAUGUGGAGUACAAGCCGCCCUUUGGCCUGGAUUCGCCCAGCAAAGUGAGUAGCUUCGAGUUGCCAGCAGCAGCAGCUUCAGGAGCCUCAGCAGCGGCGACGGAGGACGACGACGACUUUAGUGAUUUUCAAUCGAUGCCGGCGGUGCCACGUUCGAGGUUAGAUACGCCCACUUUUGGCGAACAGAUGAUCCUCAGUCCGGCCAUAUUGCUGCCUCAGGCCAUACCGUUGGCCAAGAAGGCAUCAUCAUCAUCAUCAUCAGGAGGGGCAGCUUCUGCCUCGAUAGAGUGGGGCGACAAUGCCUUGGCUAGCAUUAAUGCUGAGGAAAUGGCACGCAUCGAGGAGUUAUUUUCUUCGCAGAAUGCAAAGCCACCGACGAUAAGCGCCUCGGUGGCCAAGAAGAAACCCACGCCCACGCCGGUUCCUCCUCAAGCUCAAGAAGAUGACGAGUGGUCGGAUUUUGUGUCAGUACCAGUGGCAACAACGCCCCAAAAGCAGCACUCGCCCCGCACCAACAAUAAUAACAACAAUAUCAAUGGCAAUCCCAGAAAGGGAACUCCACAAGCAGCAACUGCCGCUCCCAAAGACGAUGAUUGGUCGGAUUUUGUGGGCAGCACUCCAGUGGCCUCUGUGGCUCGUCCAGCGCCACAGUUUAAUUCGGGCGCCUGGCAGACUGCUAAUUUCUACAACAAUCCCUUGAGUCUCUACCAGGCACAGCAGCAACAGCAACAACAUCAUAGCAAUCUAGUUCCCAACAACAACAACAACAACAAUGUGCCAGCAAUACCCCAGCAAAUCCACAUCAUGCACGACUUCUCAACGGCACCCGUCGCAGGCGGCUUGAUGACUGCCACCUACCAGCAACACCAUCAGCGUCAGCAAUUCCAAAUUGGCAACGCCAAGGUGGCACCGCGCAUCUCCCUUAUCCCUGAUCUCAGUUUUGUGGCGCCCGCUUUGCCCACGAAUGCGGGUGCGUUUAUGGGAGCUCUGCCGAAACCGAGCUUUGGCGGUGGCAAGAAAUGACACAAGAAGUUGAGGAGUGGCCAGCAGCAGCAGCAGCAUCAUCGCCGCCAACAGCAACAGCCUCCACUGGGUGGCGGCGGGGGCAGGGGCGAAGCCACCAUCCUCACGUAGGGAUUACGAAGGGUAGAGAGGAGGAAGGCGGCCCGUAGGAGACAGUCAGUAUUAUGAAUCCGUCUGAUAAUUAUCAUAAACCGUCACACACACGUACUUAGUUCGAUGCAAGCGCUGUGUUUUCAUGUUGUUGUUGUUGACGCUGUUGAUGUUGUGCGUACUUGUUGUUGUUGUUGUAGAUCGUAGAUCAUAGAUCAGGAUUUCCAAAUUAAGAAAAAAAAAAGAAGAAAAAACCAAGCUAAAACCGAUUUCCCUGCGUGCAAUAAUUGGAUUACAAAAUUAAUUUUUUUACUUGAAUUUGAUUUUUUUUUUUUUAGAAGAAAACUAAAGACAUGGGUCUUGGACCAAAAUAUAUUUUUUUUCAUUAAUUUGAAAGUUUUUUAUUAAAUUUGAACUUGUCAUUUUAUUUCACUAACAUU